UACCCCGGGCCACUUCCUCGGGAGCGCGAUCCCGUGCCCUGACCGCCCCGCGCUCCAGCACCGAGCAGGGUUCUCGACCUCGGCUCUCCGUACGCCCGCCUCCGGCAGUGGUUUCUCCCCGACCCGGGCCCGACUCGUCCGAAGGAGGCCCGCCCAGGCUUCGCUCUGCCCUCCCUCCGCGCGGGGCUGACGUGGAUGUCAAAGCCUGGGGAGCUUGUUGUACGCGAAGUGCGGGGCCAACGUUGCUGGGCGAGCGCUCCCUGGGGAACCUGUUGGUCCCAGCCGGCGCGGCUUCGGUGUAGUGCGUGUCAGGGCACAGACGGGCAGGCCAGGCCCUCCCCAGGGCGGGUGACGGGUGACUGCCGCUCUCAUUCACAGUCGGUACAUUUCCACGACGCCUGUGAACCGAGGCGUCAACCAGGACCAGCACUUGGCCUUCCUAGAUCCCGAAAUCCAUCGAGAGAGAGCCACGCAGUGUCCCAAACACUCCCCACAAACCCUGGUUUGGGGCAGAAAAGAAAGAUGUCAUUCCGUAAAGUGAACAUCAUCAUCCUGGUCUUGGCCAUUGCGCUAUUCCUGCUGGUUUUGCACCGGAACUUCCUUGGACUGAGCAAUUUGCUACGGAACGAGGCUUCAGAUACCGGGAUUUGGGGGCUUCAGCCCAUAGACUUUGCCCCCAAUGCCCCCCAGCCUGCAGUCGACAGGUGGCCCGAAGAGAUUCCUGUGGUCAUUGCUGCAUCGGAAGACCGGCUGGGCGGGGCCAUUGCCGCCAUCAACAGCAUCCAACACAACACCCGCUCCCAUGUGGCUUUCUACAUCGUGACCCUCAACGGCACAGCCGACCAUCUCCGGUCCUGGCUCAACAGUGGUUCACUGAAAAAUAUCAGGUACAAAAUUGUGGAUUUUGACACUAAGCUUUUGGAAGGGAAAGUAAAGCAGGAUCCUGUCCAGGGGGAUUCUGUGAAACCAUUAAUCUUCGCAAGGUUCUACUUGCCUGUUUUGGUUCCCAGUGCGAAGAAGGCCAUCUAUGUGGACGAUGAUGUGAUCGUGCAAGGUGACGUUCUUGCCCUUUACAAUACACCACUAAAGCCAGGACAUGCAGCUGCAUUCUCAGAAGAUUGUGACUCAACUUCUGCUAAAGUUGUUGUCCGGGGAGCAGGAAACCAGUACAACUACAUUGGGUACCUGGACUAUAAGAAGGAACGGAUUCGUAAACUCUCCAUGAAAGCCAGUACCUGCUCUUUCAACCCUGGAGUUUUUGUCGCAAACCUCACGGAAUGGAGACGACAGAACAUAACCAACCAGCUGGAGAAGUGGAUGAAGCUCAACGCAGAAGAGGGGCUGUACAGCAGGACCCUGGCUGGGAGCGUCACCACCCCUCCCCUGCUGAUCGUCUUCUACCAGCAGCACUCCACCCUCGACCCCAUGUGGAACGUCCGCCACCUUGGCUCCAGUGCUGGAAAGCGGUAUUCACCCCAGUUUGUAAAGGCGGCCAAGCUACUCCACUGGAACGGGCACUUUAAGCCGUGGGGAAGAACUGCCUCCUAUGCUGACGUAUGGGAAAGAUGGUAUAUUCCUGAUCCAACAGGGAAGUUCAGCCUUGUCCGAAGACACAUGGAGGUAAACUGAGAGGGGCUCCUAGUCACAGAUGUUCCCGGGAUAUCCUGGGAGACUGAGGACAGUGGCUGGGCUUCAGGGCCCACGGAAAACUGAACUGCGCUGCUACAAGCCCGGUGUAUCCGCGAGUGCUUCCUUACACCGUGGAAGGAAGAUGGUGGACUGAUUCACAUUGAAAACCUUUCUUUGGCUUGAAUGUAUUACCUCGUGACUUGAUGUGUAAAUAAAGUGAAGUGAGCCCCCCA